AUGUCUUGGAAUGUGAGAGGGAUCAAUGAAGUGAAUAAAAGGCUACAUAUUAGAUCCCUCCUCCGAAGUUGGAAAGUAGACAUUGUUUGCCUACAAGAAACUAAGUUGGAAGUUAUUUCUCUUCGCAUCAUUAGGAGCUUGUGGAGCUGUGUGCAAGUGGGAUGGCAUUACUUACCGUCCAUUGGAGCAUCCGGGGGUAUAUUAGUUAUGUGGGACAAAAGAGUGGUGGAAAAUAAGGAAAAUUUCAUGGGGGAUUAUGUGGUGGCAUGUUCGUUUAUGAAUGUCAUCGAUGGCUAUCAGUGGGCUUUUGCAGGCGUUUAUGGGCCUAAUCUUGAUCGGUCUCGAAGCUUACUUUGGGAUGAGUUGGCUGGUAUUAGCAGUUUUUGGGACUUACCUUGGUGUAUUGGAGGUGAUUUUAAUGUAACCCGUUUUCCGAGUGAGAGAUCGGGUGGUGUGGGCUACAACCAACCUAUGGUAGAUUUUUCUAACUUCAUUUCUGAGCAGAAUUUACAAGAUUUACCUCUUGCAGGCGGUUCCUUCACUUGGUCUAACAACCGAGAUCUUCCAUCUUGGUCAAGGAUAGACAGAUUUUUAAUUUCAACGGAUUGGGAGGCACACUACCCGGAGCUUAUUCAGAAGAGACUACCCAGGUUGUGUUCAGAUCAUUUCCCUAUUCUGUUGAAUUGUGGGGGCAUUAGAAGUGGUCCAAGACACUUCAAAUUUGAGAACAUGUGGUUGAAGUCAGAGGGGUUUCUGGACAGAAUAAGACAAUGGUGGUCUUCUUACCAUUUCCAUGGAACUGCUAGUUACAAGAUGGCUUGCUAA